AUGGACUCUAUAGCCACAGCCAACAACGACGAGUUCGUCGCGAGUCAGCUCAGCUUCGAUCAGGCCAGCGGAUCCGGUACAGGCGGUGGAGGCAACCCAUCAGCCGUCGACGGCGGUAUGCUGAUGAGCCUCUCGCGUGAGGCUGAGCGCAUGUCCAAGGCGGACAGGAAGCGGAAGAGGGCAGAGAGGAAGCAAGAAAAGGCGCAGAAGGCGGUCCUGGAGCAGGCACUCAAGGCGGCGGCGACGGCAGACCCGGAUAUCGACCCCUCACUCCAGGACGCGCCGGUCAUGAUCCCUCAGGUCGAGGCUGAAGCAGAGCCCGAGGCGGAGGCUGAGGCGGAGGCGGAGCAGCCUGCCAAGAAGAAGAAGAAGAAGCGCGCAAAGAAGGCUGCGGCGGUGCCGGAGCCGAAUGACGACGUGCCAAUGCCGGAGGUGGGGAACGAGGAGGGAGCCGGACCAAGCGAGGCAGGACCCUCUAAGCGUUCGAACGCAAAGCCGGCGAAGGGUAUGGUCAAUAAGUUUGGGAAACCAACCAACUCGCUCGCCCGCCCGGACCGAAAGAAGCACGCUGCGGACGAGGAUGAGCUCCGCGCCCAGUUUGCGAUGCCAGGUGCUAUGCACGCGUAUCUGGCGGAGAGGUGGAUGACGACUGUGGAACUGAGGAAGCUGGAGGCUGCUGGAGUGAUAUCAUACAAGAAGGGCAAGUUCUCGGAUGAGGAGGAGCAGGCAAUUCGGAAAGCAGUGGAGUUCUUCAGACAGUCGAAUGGCUUGACUGAGACUCAAUUGACGGAUCUCAUCAUGUCCAAGAAAGAGAAGAGUAACGAGUAUCCGGGAUUCUACAGCGACCUCGCCGCUGCGGUCACCGGAAGACCCGUACGUUUCGUACAGAAGUACGUCAAGAGGCUGUAUGAUACAAGGGCGAGGAAAGGAAAGUGGUCAGAGCAGGAGGAUGACGAGCUGUUGCAAGCGUACAACAGCAACUCAGGUAGCUGGGUCAAAAUCGCUCUUGCAGUGGACCGACCAGAGGAGGAUUGCAGAGCGAGAUGGCGCGACGUGCUGCGAUCCAAGUCGGGACGAGACGAGGGUCGAUGGACAAAAGAAGAGGAAACCCAGCUCGUCGAGGCGAUCAAAGAGGCCAAUCUGGCCCUGGGCAAAGAAGCAACCGCUCGGGAUCCCCCAUGGGAGGUGGUCACGACCAAGAUGGACGAUAAGCGGACACAAAUGCAGUGUCGCAAAAAGUGGCACAGUAAGCUGUGGCCAGAGCUACAGGGCGCGCAAGUCCCCGCAGUCCGUGUGCGUAUCGGUCAGAGCGGAGAUGGUAAAGAGGAGGCGCUCAAGGUAUCGGCCGCUGACCGGGUCACGCUCGUCAGACUCAUCAAAGAGCUCGACGUGGAUACUAUCUCCGCCAUAGACUGGGACGGUCUCGCGACCGAACAUUGGCCCGAGUUGGGUCCUGGACCCCUCUCCAAGGCGUUCAAGCGGAUGAUGGGCAAGGCGGGCGUGGGGAAGAACAUGGCGACACCGUUGUCUGAGGUGCUCAGCGCGAUCGAGAAGAGCCUGUCCAAGGAGAAAGCGGCGACUUUCAAAUCGCCCAAGCGCGUUCCAGAUAACGCUGAUGAUUGA